CGGUGGCGGCGGCGGUAGUUGCGGUGGUUCGGCGUGUCGCUGGGCGGCCCUGAUCGCGCGCCACGAUGCCGGCGGUGUCGAAGGGCGAUGGGAUGCGAGGCCUGGCCGUCUUCAUCUCUGAUAUCCGGAACUGCAAAAGCAAAGAAGCAGAGAUAAAGAGAAUAAAUAAGGAACUGGCAAACAUUCGGUCAAAAUUUAAAGGUGACAAGGCUCUGGAUGGUUACAGUAAGAAAAAAUAUGUCUGCAAGCUGCUUUUCAUCUUUCUCCUGGGGCACGACAUUGACUUUGGUCAUAUGGAGGCUGUAAACCUGCUCAGUUCCAAUAGAUACACAGAAAAACAAAUUGGCUAUCUCUUCAUCUCCGUCCUGGUGAACUCCAACAGUGAGCUGAUCCGCCUCAUAAACAACGCGAUCAAGAACGAUCUGGCCAGCCGCAACCCCACCUUCAUGGGUCUGGCCCUGCACUGCAUUGCCAACGUGGGCAGCCGCGAGAUGGCGGAAGCGUUUGCUGGAGAAAUUCCAAAAAUCCUCGUAGCUGGAGAUACUAUGGAUAGUGUGAAGCAGAGUGCUGCCUUAUGCCUGCUGCGUUUGUAUAGAACUUCCCCUGACCUUGUCCCCAUGGGAGACUGGACGUCCAGAGUGGUACAUCUCCUCAAUGACCAGCACCUGGGUGUGGUUACUGCAGCUACAAGUCUGAUCACAACUUUGGCACAGAAGAACCCAGAAGAGUUCAAAACUUCAGUCUCUUUGGCAGUGUCGAGAUUAAGCAGAAUUGUAACUUCGGCAUCAACAGAUCUUCAGGACUAUACGUACUAUUUUGUCCCUGCUCCUUGGUUAUCUGUGAAACUUCUGAGGCUCUUACAGUGCUACCCACCUCCAGAAGACCCUGCGGUACGUGGUCGUCUCACAGAAUGCCUAGAAACUAUUCUUAACAAAGCACAGGAGCCACCAAAGUCAAAGAAAGUACAACACUCAAAUGCGAAGAAUGCUGUGCUAUUUGAGGCGAUCAGUUUAAUUAUUCAUCAUGACAGUGAGCCAAAUCUACUAGUCCGUGCCUGUAACCAGCUAGGUCAGUUCUUGCAGCACCGAGAAACUAAUUUGCGUUACCUAGCACUGGAAAGCAUGUGCACGCUUGCCAGCUCUGAAUUCUCACAUGAGGCUGUGAAAACACACAUAGAAACUGUUAUCAAUGCACUAAAGACUGAAAGAGAUGUGAGCGUACGGCAAAGAGCUGUGGAUCUCCUGUAUGCAAUGUGUGACCGAAGCAACGCCCAGCAGAUUGUGGCUGAAAUGCUGAAUUACUUGGAGACUGCUGACUAUUCCAUUAGAGAAGAAAUUGUUCUGAAAGUUGCAAUUCUAGCAGAGAAGUACGCAGUGGAUUACACCUGGUAUGUGGACACAAUCUUGAAUCUGAUUCGUAUUGCCGGUGACUACGUCAGUGAAGAAGUGUGGUACCGAGUUAUUCAGAUCGUUAUCAACAGGGAUGAUGUACAAGGGUAUGCAGCAAAGACUGUUUUUGAGGCCCUUCAAGCUCCAGCGUGCCAUGAGAAUCUUGUUAAAGUAGGUGGCUACAUCUUGGGAGAGUUUGGUAAUCUGAUAGCAGGUGAUCCAAGAUCAAGUCCCCUCAUCCAGUUCAACUUGCUGCAUUCCAAGUUUCAUCUGUGUAGUGUUCCUACCCGAGCUCUGCUGCUGUCCACCUACAUCAAGUUUGUGAACCUGUUUCCAGAAAUCAAAACUACUAUUCAAGAUGUAUUGCGCAGUGACAGUCAGCUAAAGAAUGCUGAUGUUGAGCUGCAGCAGAGAGCUGUUGAGUAUUUGAGGCUCAGUACUAUUGCCAGUACUGACAUAUUGGCUACAGUGCUAGAGGAAAUGCCUCCCUUUCCAGAGAGGGAAUCUUCUAUUUUGGCUAAACUCAAGAAGAAGAAAGGUCCAGGCACAGUUACUGAUCUGGAAGAGAUCAAAAAGGAGAGGAGCUCUGAUAUGAAUGGAAGUGCUGAACCUGCGUCUGUCAAUGCCAGUGCUGUUUCUACUCCUUCUCCAUCUGCAGAUCUGCUGGGUCUGGGUGCAGCCCCUCUCACCAAUUCAGCUCCCCCACCUUCCUCUAGUGGUAGCCUGCUGGUGGAUGUAUUUUCAGAUUCAGCUUCUGCUGUUGCACCUCUUGCUCCUGGUUCAGAUGACAACUUUGCAAGCCCUGACCUGGCUUCAUCUGAGGUAGUUUCUGAGGAACCAGCUGAUACUGUGCAUGAUGCUGAUGAGCUUUUUCACAAGUUUGUGUGUAAAAAUAAUGGAGUCCUCUUUGAAAAUCAGUUGCUACAAAUUGGAUUGAAGUCCGAAUUUCGACAGAACCUGGGACGUAUGUUCAUUUUCUAUGGUAACAAGACGUCAACACAGUUCUUGAAUUUUACUCCAACAGUAAUCUGCUCAGAUGACCUUCAACCAAGCCUGAAUCUUCAGACAAAACCUGUUGACCCCACAGUGGAUGGAGGUGCACAGGUUCAGCAGGUUGUGAACAUUGAAUGUGUAUCAGACUUCAUGGAAGCUCCCAUUCUGAACAUUCAAUUCAGGUACGGUGGAACAUUCCAGAAUCUUUCAGUAAAAUUACCCAUCACACUGAAUAAAUUUUUCCAGCCAACAGAAAUGUCUUCUCAAGACUUUUUCCAGCGUUGGAAGCAACUGAGCAAUCCUAAACAAGAAGUACAGAACAUCUUUAAAGCAAAGCACCCAAUGGAUGCAGAGAUCACAAAAGCGAAGAUAAUUGGCUUUGGAUCGGCCCUACUUGAGGAGGUGGAUCCCAAUCCUGCUAACUUUGUUGGUGCUGGUAUCAUACAUACAAAGACUACUCAGAUUGGAUGCUUGCUGCGCCUUGAACCCAACCUCCAGGCACAGAUGUAUAGACUCACACUACGAACAAGUAAAGAAGCUGUAUCUCAGAGAUUAUGUGAAUUGCUGUCAGAACAGUUUUAAUACUAACCAUGACAGUUUUUUGUUUUUCCAUUUAUAUCAUUGUCAUCAUACUGCAAAUAAAUGUCUUGUACAUCA